CUUGUUCUUCGUAACAGGCCUGGCCAUGCCAUUUACCAGUAUAAUGUCUCCUACAAUCCACCAGUUGAGAAUAAAAGGAUGCGAUUGGCUUUACUCUAUCACCACGAAGAGGCUCUUAUUGGCAAAGUCCACUCUUUUGAUGGGAUGGUCCUUUACUUGCCGCACCGUCUCCACAAUAAUCCUGAAGAAGUUAUUUCCAAGACUAAAGAAGGGGACACUAUUCACAUUACUAUCAAGCUGACAAACGAGUUGUCCGCUAACAGCCCAGUCUGCCUCCAGCUCUUUAAUAUUCUCUUUAGAAAGAUUCUUGCUAAGCUGGAAAUGAAACAGAUUGGUCGUCAUUAUUAUAACCCAAAGAUUCCAAAUAUCAUCAGGGAACACAGCCUAGAGAUUUGGCCUGGUUUUAUCACCUCUAUUGCUCAGUAUGAGUCCAAUGUGAUGCUUUGUGCCGACAUAUCACACAAGAUCCUUCGUACCGACACUGUCCUGGAUCUGUUUCAUUCCUUGAAAAGUACUCGUGAUUUUCAUACUGAAGCAACAAAGAGUAUUGUUGGAGAGAUUGUUCUUACAAGGUAUAAUAAUCGUACCUAUCGUGUUGAUGAUAUUGACUGGGAGAAGACUCCAGCUAGCACCUUCAAGACAUCAACUGGAGAGGAAAUAUCAUUCAUUACUUAUUACAAAAAGGCUUAUGACCUUAAAAUCAGAGAUGAAAAUCAGCCCUUGCUUAUUAGUCGUCCACGCAAAAAGGAUGAAAUGGAGGCUCGUCGUAGAGGACGUGAUCCAGCUACCCUUGGCCCACUGCUUUUAAUACCAGAGUUGUGUACAAUGACAGGUUUGACUGAAGAAGCACGUGCUAACUUCAAAAUCAUGAGGGAUGUCGCUACCUAUACAAGACAGGCUCCGCCGCAGAGGAUCGACACCCUCAACAAAUUCAUUAAUGAUGUCAACACUAAUCCUGAUGUCAAGUCUAUACUUGGUGGUUGGAAUCUUGAGUUUGAAAAGUCUUUAAUAAAGUUUCAAGGCCGUACCUUACCUACUGAAAAAAUUAAUCAGAAAGGCGGUUCU